CAAGCUAAGAGGUGAAGGAACCUCUUUCGUUGGCGUUGGCGGUAUAUACCUAUGUACUGGAGGUAUUCAAAUAGCGAAGCCACGUCUAUAUACGUCAUAAGUGCUUAAAGAUAAGGACCUAAGCCACAAUCAAUUGCCCACCACUACGAAUACCUAUGCCAAGACCUUUAGCACACCUGCAGUUACCUACUUCAAUACCUAGUGUACCGUGCAAAAUAAUCAACGAAGCUUCAACUUUUUUGAGAAGCUUUAAUCCCACCAAGAUAAUCCGGGACUCGCCACCGGCCACAACCGCGUCCGUAUAAUAUACUUAGGCUACAUAAUCAAAGAAUACAUAGCCGCCAUGGACUCCUCCGAAUCUAUCAAGGCCGAGGUCAUCAAGCAAGUCAAGACGCAAUACGCCUUAGAAAACGCAAGACUACUAAUCGAGAAGAUCAACGAGCACUGCUUCGAGAGGUGCGUGCCCAAGCCGGGCCCCUCGAUUUCGAGCAGCGAGUCGACCUGCUUCACCCAGUGCAUGGAGAAGUACAUGUCGGCGUGGAACUCAGUAAGCUCGACAUACAUCGACCGACUGCGGCGGGAGCAGUGAGCUAGACGUCCGGUCUGAAGGCUGCAUCGCACAUGUCAACUCGCCCCUACUCGAUGUACAUUAGAAUCCGCCAUGUUGCGAACCGCAGCCGGCAAUGGGAGGAA